AUGGCUUUUCGACCUCUCGCUUCCAAAACGAGACCCUUCUUUUUCAGCUCUCACUUCCGAUCUCUCGCCUCUCUCGCCCCACAGACCUUCCAAACCCAGCCGUUGCCAGAGCUGGUAAGCAAGAUUUCUCGCCUUCUCAGCGACCAUCGGAACCCGCACCACGAUUUGGAGCUCUCACUCCGCGCUUAUCGCCCGCAAAUCUCCGCGGAGGCCGUCGAACAGGUGUUGAAGCGCUGCAGGAAUCUAGGGUUCCCUGCUCACAGGUUCUUCCUUUGGGCCAAGAGUAUUACUGGGUUUCAACAUAGUGCCCACAGCUAUCACAUUCUGGUGGACAUUUUAGGAGCUAGCAGGCAGUUCGCAAUACUAUGGGAUUUCUUGAUAGAAAUGAGAGAUUCUCGUGAUUUUGAGGUCAAUUCAGAGACUUUAUGGCUUGUAUUCAGAGCUUAUAGCAGGGCUAACCUCCCCAAUGAUGCCAUUCGAGCUUUCGGCAGAAUGGCAGAGUUUGAUUUGAAGCCUGGGAUUAAUGAUCUCGACCAGCUUGUAUAUGCGCUUUGCAAACGCAGGCAUGUGAAGCAGGCCCAGGAGUUUGUUGAUAGAGUUAAGCAUGAGAUCGAGCCGACGGUGAAAACGUAUAGUAUAUUGGUGCGGGGAUGGGGAGACAAUGGGGACAUGGAAUCUGCACGGAAGGUGUUUGAUGAAAUGCUUCAACGAGGGUGUGCGGUCGAUGUACCUGCUUACAACAGCUUGUUGGAAGCUUUAUGCAAGGGAGGGAGCGUCAAUGAAGCGUAUAACAUGUUCCGAGAAAUGGGUUCUCGCGGAAUCCAACCUGAUGCUGGUAGCUAUGCGAUAUUCGUUCGUGCAUACUGUGAGGCAAAUGAUAUUCAUUCGGCUUUCCGGGUGCUUGAUAGAAUGAAAAGAUACAAUCUUCUGGCCAAUGUGUUCACAUAUAAUUGUGUCAUAAAGAAGCUCUGUAAGACGGAUAGAGUAGACGAGGCCUACCAGCUUCUUGAUGAGAUGCUGGAGAAGGGGGUUACUCCUGAUGCAUGGAGUUACAACGCGAUACUAGCAUAUCAUUGCGAGCAUUCAGAGGUCAACAGAGCUACCAACCUGGUUUCCCGAAUGGCAAAAGAUGGCUGCUUGCCUGAUCGGCAUAGCUACAACAUGGUGCUGAAAUUGCUGGUAAGGGUUGGUAGAUUCGACAGAGCAACCCAAGUAUGGGAGAGCAUGGAGGAGAACAAGUUUUAUUCAUCUGUUUCGACCUAUGCGGUUAUGAUUCACGGUCUGUGCAAGAAAAGGGGUAAGCUUGAAGAGGCAUGUAGGUAUUUUGAGAUGAUGCUUGAUGAGGGCAUUCCACCAUAUUCUUCCACUAUUGAGAUGCUGAGAAACCGACUUAUCGGGUUGGGACUAAUGGAUACCAUCGAGAUACUUGGUGGUAAAAUGGAAAGAAGCUCUUGUUGUUCAAUACAGGAGCUGGCUGCUGAAAUGAGAGGCCAUAAGAGUCAUGUGAGGUCCAGAAGGGAAGUGACAGAGUCUGAAAGUGAUUGA